GGCCUCGUAUUUCUUCAGCAAUGUUUUUAAAAUACAACACUCAAUUGGGACCUCCUUUCCAUGUUAUCGUUGAUACAAAUUUUGUCAAUUUCAGCAUCAAAAAUCGGAUAGAUGUUAUGAAAGGAUUUAUGGAUUGUCUUUUUGCUAAAGUAAUUCCAUACAUUCCUGAUUGUGUUCUUGGUGAAUUGGAAAAGCAGGGACGUCGUUUCAAAUUGGCUUUGAAAAUUAUUAAAGAUCAGCGGUUCCAAAGACUUCAUUGUUCUCAUAAGGGAAUUUAUGCGGACGAUUGUAUUGUUCAAAGAAUUACUCAGCACAAAUGUUAUAUCGUUGCUACUUGUGACAGAGAUUUACGAAUGCGUAUACGUAAAAUUCCAGGGGUUCCAAUUAUGUAUAUUCGAGAUCAUCGUUAUACUAUUGAAAGAAUGCCUGAUGCUUAUGGUGCACCAAAAUUGUAA